GAUAUGAGGAAAAUGGGUACAGAAAGAAGCAGAAAGUGGCAAAUAUCUUGAUAAAAUUUCUCUAGAAUUUUUGACUAUUUGAACACAAUUCGUUAAAUUUUUAUUACUUCAUUGGUAUUUCACUAAAAGAGGAACUAGUGCUUAUUUUUGUAUUUAUUAGUUUCUAUCACACUCUAUAAUCUUAAUUUUGAAUAUGAAAUACACAAAUUUUCUUCACAUCUAUGGAUUUCGGAUUUUCAGCGAAUAUGCAGCAAAGCACAAUGAAUGGAAAAGAUAUUUCCACUGAAUUUGAGCUUAUAACAAGUAUGCAUGUGGAGCUUUCUGUGCAUCAAACAUCUGUUUAACUGUAAUAAUAGAAUGAUGCCACUUUGACUAUCAAAAAAUGAAUCAACCUUUAGUUAUACUGAGAACAGGGUCAUAUGUAAUGCGGUCCACACUCUGCUUCUGCCGGAAUACAUCCCUGUGUUGAUUUUUUAGUGGAAUUUGUGUCGGCUUUUGAUAAAUUUCAACGUAGGCGAUUUCUAUUCUACACUCAACAAUUAUUAAAACUAGUAAUUUAAUUUUAAAAAAAUGAGUACGGAAACAAAGAGUGGGAGUAGUAAUCUAGUUUCGACCGUGAUAUCCUGUAUACUGAGUCUGGUAAUAUUCGCAACUAUGCGCUUUUACUCCAGCUGGAUCACAGCUACUCAAAUGAAUACUAUUGUUGGGGGCUUCAUUGGUUCGUGGCUGUUUGUAUUUGCCCUAACCGCUGUGUCGAAUAUGGAAAUGCUUGUAUUUGGUAAUGAUUUUCAAGCAAAAUUUAUACCAGAAAUUGUCACUUGCCUAACUUUGGCGACUGUGGCUUCCGGGGUGGUCCAUCGUGUUUGUGCAACGACUUGCGUUUUUUUCUGCAUAUGCGCUUUAUAUUUUGUAAAUCGCAUUUCGAAUAAAUAUCACAACAAAGGAUCAAUUGCAACGGACCAAAUACCUAUUCGACGAAGUGGAGGCAAGAAAAAUAAAUAAGUACUAGCCACAAAUCACAGAAUAAUUCGAAAUAUUAUGUAAUGACUUAUAAAUGUUAAGUAUAAGAACAAUUAUUUUAUCCUAUUUAACGAACUGUCUGCGCAAAAACGAAAUUUUCUUGUUUGUUCCAAUUAAUUUCAAGUAUUUUUUGGUUCAAAAGAAUUGUAUAAAAAUUGGAGAAGAUGAUGUUGACGAAGUCACAUAGUUGAAUGUACGAGUAUAAUUAUUUGUAAUAUAACAUGUGCUCGACUCUCACGAGAAUGGAAAGUUUUUGGAUCGACUAUAGUACGUUAUGAUUCUAACAUUACAUAAAAUAUUUCAUUAUAAUAGGUACACAGAAGGUUCUUUAAACACUAACCACUUUAAAAUAUAUUUUAUUACUAAUAUAUCUACCCAGAUUUCUAAUAUUUUAAGUAUAAUCUACAAUAAAUAAAAAAUAAAAUGUUUGGAUUUAUAAUAAU